AUGUUCCCCAUGUCAACUGUUUAUCAGAAUCUGUUUAGUCAGGUCAGAAAUAACCCGAAGCAAUAUGUUGGAACUAUGCCUACAUCGUCAACUAAACCACCUAUACGUGACAACGAUGGAGCGGAAAUGUGUAAUGUUUGUCAGAUAGUUUUCGCUAAUGGAAGGCAUUUUGGAGCUAAAACUUGUGCUGCUUGUGCCGCUUUCUUUAGGAGGUCAGUUAGUGACCGAAAGCACUAUGAAUGUAGAAGAUCGCAGCGUUGCGGGAUGAAGCCAACUGAUUGCGUACAAAACAAACGACAAAAAUUGCAAAAAAGCGAUACCAACGCUUCAUAUGUCGCUCCAAAUAUAACGAAUCCAACACUUCUGGAUCCUGGUUAUAGCGCAGAACCAAUUUUUAUAAAACAUACCCAAUCACAGGUAAAAAUUUUUUGAAA